AUGACAUCCAUUGGAACUCCCCAGGCCAGCGAGGACGAUGCCGCGAAGCCCUACGACCAGUUCAUCCUGUUCGGGGACUCGAUCACCCAGAUGGCCUGCAACCAGGACAAUGGCUUUGCGUGGCAUGCCGCCCUGCAAGAAGCAUAUAGUCGCAAGCUCGACGUGGUCAACCGAGGACUGGCAGGUUACACCACCGCCCACGCCAUCAAGAUCUUCCACAAAUUCUUCCCAUCGCCACAGACAGCUAACGUGCGGUUGAUGACCAUCUUCUUCGGCGCUAACGACGCCUGUGUCUCCGGACGAGACCAGCAUGUCCCGCUGGACCAGUACAAGGAGAACCUGAAGAAGAUCAUCGAACACCCCGCCACAAAGGCCCAGAACCCCCGGGUGAUCCUGCUGACGCCGCCGCCCGUCAAUGAGUACCAACUGGAAGGCUUUGAUGCCUCCAAGGACAUCCCGCACCCCAGCCGAACCGCAGCCCACACCAGGCUCUAUGCUGCCGCGGCGCGUGAAGUCGGGGCCGAGCUCGGCGUUCCGGUGGCUGAUCUGUGGACUGCGUUUAUGAAGACGACGGGUUGGCGGGAUGGAGAACCCUUGAUUGGAUCGCGGGACGCGCCGAAUAACGCGAAGUUGGAGUCAUUAUUUACGGAUGGACUGCAUCUCACUCCGAACGGGUACCGCAUUGUUCACGACGCGGUGAUGCAGGCCAUUGUGGGAAAUUGGCCCGACCAGGACCCGGAGGUGCUGCCGAUGGUGUUUCCCUCGUGGUUGGAUGCCCCCAAAUAA